CUCAUAAUUUGUUUAAUUAAUUUUAAUGAUGUGAGGCAUGUUUUGUCUGUGUCUGUUACCCGUUUCUUGGAUGACGCUUUUUAGUUUUUAGCUCGAAUCCUUGUCGUUUUUAUACUUCUUCUUUGCUGUGCUGUGCCAUUUUUUGUUUCUUUCUUCUCAGUUCUCAGUUCUCAGUUCACAGUUUCUCACACUGUUCGAGAUCUUCCUUUUCUCUUUAUCUUAAAUUGUUAAAUAUCACCAACUCCUUUUCUUUUCUCUAUUUAUUAAUAAAUUAUACAAUUACACUAAACUAUGCACUCGGAGAGACACUAGCCAUUUCUGUUUCAUCUUCUCUUUGCUUUCAAGUUUCCCGCUCUCUAAAAUAAAAAAGAAAAAGAAAAAUAAUUAUCUUUUCAGGUUAGAAUUAAUUUUGGUGCAUUGUUGAUUCGCUUUCAAGAGGAACAUUAUGAACACUAGAGUCCGCACUGCUCUUCAAGCAAUGAAAGCUCCUUUAAACCAUGAUAAAAAGGAGAAGAUGGAGACUCAAGGAAGCAGAGCAAUGGGUACCCAGAAAUAUGCAGUUAAUCGGCGUAGAUUAAACAGGGAAAGGAAGUUGGCUUUACAACAAGAUGUUGAUAAGCUAAAGAAGAAGCUUAGACAGGAAGAGAAUGUUCACAGAGCAUUAGAGAGAGCUUUUACUAGGCCUUUGGGUGCUCUACCUCGCUUGCCUCCUUACCUUCCUCCAUAUACAUUGGCGUUGCUAGCUGAAGUAGCUGUUUUAGAAGAGGAAGUUGUUCGCCUUGAAGAACAAGUUGUGAAUUUUCGACAGGGAUUGUAUCAGGAAGCUGUGUACAUCUCUUCUAAGAAGAAUGUAGAGAACUCUAAUGAUGCAAUAGACCAACAACACCAACCUUCAAUUACAAGACCGAAACAUGCACGAUCAAAAUCAUUAUCACAUAAUGAGUUCAAUUCUGCUACAUUUGCAGCUAGGCCUCAACCGGCUCUUGCUAGAAGCACUUCAAGUAGAAAGCUAUUGUCUUCGGACACUGUAUUCGAUCGAUCAACAUAUUUUUCUAAUAGGCCUGUAUACGGGAAACAAGCUUCUUGUAAACCCAAUUCAUCUUCAUUUCCGAUUGAUGAUGGACGAGGAAAGGAGAAUAGGUCAUGUACUAAUUCAGUGAAGGAUAAGCAAUCUCCAGUCAAGAAAAUUGCGAAAAUUGUGACUCCACCAAUAAAGAGAACAUCAAACAAGCAUGAAUUUGAAGAGAAGUGCUUGGACCCUUUGAAGUUAGAGUGCAGAUUGUUAGACCAUGAAAAAGCACAAGAAAGCUCUUCUGGCUAUUCAGAUGAUAGAGUAACAGAGAAUAACAUCACAGUCACACCAAAUAAGGUAUCUGAGGAUAUAUUGAAGUGCUUGUCUAGCAUUUUGUUAAGGUUAAGCACAUCUAAGGAAAAAACAGGAGAAUUGAGGACUUUAGGCUCGCGAUCAGUCUUAGUUUCUCCUAAGAGCAAUGAAGAAAGAGAGGUUUGGCAUCCUUAUGAUAUCUCUGGAGAAUCCAGUAGUAGAGAUAUUGGUCCCUAUAAACAUCUUUGUGCAAUUGAAAGUAGUUCAAUUGAUCUCAACCGCACAACAAAUGCCUUGUUUUUGAUUCAUAGACUAAAGUUCCUAUUUGGGAAGCUUGCCUCUGUAAAUUUAGAGGGUCUUACCCAUCAGCAGAAACUUGCUUUCUGGAUAAACACUUAUAACUCUUGUAUCAUGAAUGCAAUUUUGGAGCAUGGUAUACCCAAGACUCCUGAAACGGUUGUAGCAUUAAUGCAAAAGGCAACAAUAUCUGUAGGAGGACAGAUACUAAAUGCGAUUACCAUUGAGCAUUUCAUCCUGAGGCUUCCUUAUCAUUUAAAAUUUACAUGUCCAAAAGCUGCAAAAAAUGAGGAGAUGAGAGCACAGAGCAUUUUCGGAUUGGAGUGGUCUGAACCUUUGGUGACAUUUGCUCUCUCCUGUGGAAGUUGGUCAUCCCCUGCUGUGAGAGUAUAUACAGCUUCCAAUGUUGAAGAGGAGUUAGAAGCAGCAAAAAGAGACUAUUUACAAGCAGCAAUUGGGAUUUCUAAGACAAACAAAUUAAUAAUUCCAAAGCUAUUAGAUUGGUAUCUACUAGACUUUGCGAAGGAUAUAGAAUCGUUGCUCGAUUGGAUUUGUCUGCAGCUACCUGAUGAACACAGGAAUGAAGCUGUUAAAUCUCUUGAAAGAAGGGGAAGAGAGCCUCUUUCACAGCUAGUACAAUUUAUGCCAUAUGAUUUUAGUUUCAGGUUGCUUUUACACAGGUGAAAAACAAAAAAAAAUCACAUUUGUGUUACUUAUAGACACACCAGAAGUAAAUACAUAGUGCUUCCUUUGUUAACAGUUGUGGGGAGGAUUAGUACUUUCUUGAACAUUAGCUUGCAGUUAUUGUUACACUAGAAAUUGGUUUUGGGGAAGAGUACAUCAGGAAUACAAAAUACUAUUAAUUUCAUUCCAUUCAUUAGAUGUUCUAAUUUUUAUUAUCAUUUGGACUGGGACUGCCUGUCUUACACUAAAGUUGAUCCAUACCUUGCUUUGGUUUCUUGUAAUCGAACUAAACCUUGCUCAGUUCUAAAUUGUAAUAGUUUAGCUGUCUGAGUGUUGUUUUGUAAUGUAUUAUAUGGUCAAACAAUAAAGACAA